GUGUCGGUAGUGAAAAGUGAGGAGACCAAGAUGCGCCAGGAGGACCUCAGCAGGUUGCUAUACGAGGUACAGAUACUGAGAAGUCAGCAAGAGAACAUGGAGUGUCAAGUGCAGGACAUGAAGCAGCAAAAUGAAGUUCUUUGGCGGGAGGUUGUUUCUCUCCGGCAGAACCACUCACAGCAGCAGAAAGUGAUCAACAAGCUGAUUCAGUUUCUGUUUGGCCAGCUCCAAUCAAGCCCUAGCAGCACUGGGAUAAAGAGGAAGCUACCUCUGAUGCUUGACAACGGGAUCUCAGCUCCGCAAGUGUCCAAGUUCAGCCGGCAUUUGUCUACGGACCCCCUCCAUGAUGCCUAUUUCAUACAGUCGCCAUCGACAGAACCUGCCUCUUGCUUAAACAGCCCUGCAAUUGCUGGAGGACCCAUCAUAUCUGAUGUUACUGAAGCAUCACCAUCCAACAUAAUAAAUAUGCAAUCCCCUCCUGAAAAUGACAGAGAGAAGUGCCUCAUGCUGAUCAAGGAAGAGCCAGUCAGCCCUGGAGUGAAAGCCGCCGCCGAACCUGAUGUCCCGCUGCCAGGCUGCCGGGCUUGCUCUGAGCCCCCUGUGCUCCCAGUCGCCAUGGUUCAGUCUGUUCUGGAAGGCAAAGGGAGCUGUGGCACAGGGACCUCACAACCGUCCGAGAGAAGAGGCAGAAGGGCAUUGCUGGACAGAACAGAUAUUUCAGACCCGUUGGAGGGCACCGACUGGAGCUUGGAAGGGCUGCAGCUGCUGCUGAGGAGCCAGCAGUACGGCCUGGAGCCCGCCAGCCUCUUGGAU